UUAUUCUCCACGUUAGUUUUACAUCGUCAGCAAACAGAGAUACAUCUGACUCAGUUCCUUCUGGUAUGUGUGUGUGUGUGUGUGUCAGGCAAGGCUUCACGCUACUGUGGACUGGAAGGACGCUGGGAGCCGCACUCGUCUGAUUACCUGCCUUGUGCCACUCAGGACAUCUUCACUCAGGACCAGUUGUUGGGAUGGGGAAACUGGAGCGGGAUUGAGCUUGAAGACUCCACCAGCCUCCUGGAGACAGUGCUGGCAGCUCGCUACCAGCUCUGUGUCGAACUGAAGCGCAGCUUUCCUCACCCCACCGACGGUACGGCUCACAAGGUGUGCAACGAAGAUGGUACCUGGUUCCAACACCCCGAGACCAACCUCACUUGGUCCAACUACACCACUUGUAUUGACCUGGACGACCUGAUGAUGCGUCAACUGAUCAACACCAUCUACAUCGCCGGCUACUCUGUUUCACUCAUCGCGCUGGCUGUUUCCCUCCUCAUCUUCUUCCACUUCAGGAGUCUUCAGUGUACACGUAUCCGUCUCCAUAAGAAUCUCUUCCUAAGCUUUAUCCUCAACAACUGUCUCUGGAUCUCCUGGUAUAUGGAAGUAGCUGACAAGCCUGAGACAGUCUUUGAAAAUAACACUGGGUGUCAGGUGCUGCACAUCCUGCUCCACUACUUCCUGGUGUGCAGCUACUUCUGGAUGUUCUCUGAGGGCCUCUACCUGCACACGCUGCUGGUGGUAGCCUUUGUAUCGGAGGAGCGACUCAUGAAGUGGUUUUACCUGCUGGGGUGGGGCGCCCCAGCUAUCAUCGUAGCUGUCUACGCCGCCGUCAGGGGAUCUUCCACUCCAGACACUCAACACUGUUGGAUAGAGGAGAGUCACUACACGCUCAUCCUCUCUACGCCCGUGUGUGCGUCUAUCCUGGCCAACCUGGUGUUCCUGAUCAACAUUGUCCGCGUGCUGGUGACCAAGCUGAGGGCCAACCACCUGGCGGCGACGGCAGACACUAGUGGCACCCGCAAGGCAGUCAGGGCCACUCUCAUCCUCAUACCCUUACUGGGGCUCCACUACGUACUUAUGCCCUUCAGACCGGCUCCAGGAUCCAACGGUGAGCUGGUCUACCAGGUGGUCUCAGCCCUGGUCUCUUCCUUCCAGAACUCGCCUUUUUUGGGGGUAAAAACCUCGAGUCUUCUUUUUCUUUCUCGUCUUCCCCAGGGUUCCCAGGGUCGGGCAUCCUCCGUCCUGCGCAAGUCUUCAGCUCUGAGAACGACCUUCACCCGCGCCCAGCACCGCAGCAUCUUGGAGAUUCCCGGAGAGUCUCCUUGGGCCAAUACAAGAAGCAUCGUCAUGGACAACCCCAGCAGAAGUGUCGUGGAGGAGGAAGAUUAUUUCGGCUCUAGAGAAGACUGUGCCGCAGAGGACCAGCGUUCAGCGGAGCUGCGAAGGGAUUCUUGCGCAUCUAGUGUUGACUUCGAUGUUGGAGGGGCUCUGUACGCGACGCAAGCGGAAAGGAGCGCAGUAAGACAGGGUUGUGGAGACAUAGUUGUGGAGACUCAUUGCGUUCGAGGAAUUGAGGGAGAUGAGAUGGAGUGUCCGAACAUCAUCGUGGUUAAGCCAGACCGCUACGCGAUGUUGGAGAGCGGGACGGGAGUGUCCGGUGGUAAGGGAAGUUGUGUUGGUGAAGGGAGGAGAGGAGGACUGCUGAACGCUGUUAGCCAAACAAAACAAAUCCCUCGCGAAGUGCUGGAGUUGAAGCCAGUCAAAGCCACCGUCCAUCAGUGUUAGGAUAGUCACCAUGCGCCAAGUCGCAAACAGCAGGCUAAACAAUCAACGAUCGUGGCCGCGAUCAGCGGGCAGGAGAAUCGAGUCUUUACCUCUUCUUUGCGUUGAAAGAAACCCACGCACGGGUUUUGCGCUUGUGCGGAAAUCAAAUACAAACAAUAGCAAUUCCAGCCAGAUAUAUUUCUGAGUAGACUAAUCUCUGAAAAAUGACUUAAAUUAAGAAAAAAUGUAAAAAAAAAAAAAAUGUCUGACAAGGACAUAAUGAAGACGUAACGAAGAUGCAUAGCGAAGAACGUAAAGAGAAAAAAAAACAUAAAUAAAAAAUAAAGAGUAACGAGAAAAGAUUAAUCAACGCGGUUAUAAAAAAAAAUUUAAAGAACAUAAAUUUAUGAAUAAAAUUAUUAAAUGUAAAAGCCAACUCUCGGAAUAAAAAAAAAAAAUAAUUUACAGCAGAUUACACACGUGUAAAAAUAAAUUUCCAAUUUACAUAAAUAUUUACAAAAUGUCCUCGGUGAUUAUAUAUAUCAACUUGCUCGGGUAAAUAAAAA